AUGCUUUCCUCUGCUACUAGACUACAAUUUGCCAAGCAAGCCGCUAGACGUUACACCGUUAGUGCCACUGAUGGUGCUGGCAAAGUUUCAUCGCUUGCCGUUAAAGUUCACGGUGGUUCUCGUUACGCUACCAAAGAUGGUAUUUCACAUCUAUUGUCUCGUUUCAAUUUCCAUAACACCAGUGGUAAAUCAGCCCUAAGAUUGGUUAGAGAAUCCGAAUUACUUGGUGGUGGAUUUGAAUCCAAGGUUGAUAGAGAAUUUAUUACUCUAUCUGCUACUUUCUUGAAAGAAGAUUUGCCUUACUAUGUGAAUGCAUUGGGUAACGUCCUUUACAAAACUUCUUUCAGACCAUAUGAAUUACCAGAAUCUGUUUUGCCAGCCGCUAAGCACGAUUUGGAGCUGCAUAACAUCUGCCCCGUCAGAAGAGCUGAAGACUUGCUUUACAACAUUACUUACAGACGCGGUCUAGGUAAUCCAGUCCAUUACGAUGGUGUGGAAAAGGUUACCCUAGAUGAUAUCAAAGAAUUUGCAUCAAAGGUUUACACCAAGGAAAAUAUCGACAUUGUUGGUGAAGGUGUUAACGAAAGCGAUUUGAAAAAAUUCGUCGCAGAUUCUCUGUUGAACUCUUUACCUUCUGGUACUUCCUUGGUCUCCACUGCCACUCCAAAGACAUCUAUUAACAAGGAAAACAGAGCUAGACAUGCUGGUCAAUCUGCUGCUGCCAUUGCUAUUCCAGUGUCUAAACAAGAUUUCGCUCAAUACGAAGCUUUGGCCCGCUACUUGACUUCUCCUCUAUCCCAAUUGGCUCCAUCUAUUUUCAAGGCUAAAUUGGAUAAACAAAGCACUACUGGCCUAUUCGUAUUGUCCGUUAAAGGUGCCGAUGCCGACACUGUUUCCGCAAACAUCAAGAACGUCGUUUCCCAAUUGAAACAAGGUGUGAAUCUAUCUUCUGCUAAGGAUUACGUUUCUUUGCAAUACGCUAUUGAAGCUGAUACCGUUGUUUCUCCAACUCCACUAAACUUUGACUCCAUCAAGAACUUCAAGUUAGGUGACUUUAACUACGUUGCUGUUGGUGAUGUUUCCAAAUUGCCAUACGCUGAUGAAUUGUAA